AUGACAAGAAUGCUGAUAACCUACAAAAUUGUGAAAACUUUGAGAGGACGAUUUGGUGUUUUGCAUGGAGCCAUUCAGCAUAAUCAGUACUUUUCAAGAAUUGGUAUCCGAUCACUCACUAUGAAGGCCCAGGCUGCCAGUUUGGUGCUGGAAGAUGGCACUAGGAUGAGAGGCUACUCCUUUGGUCAUCCAUCCUCUACAGCUGGGGAAGUUGUAUUCAACACUGGCCUUGCCGGAUACACUGAAAGCCUGACUGACCCCAGCUACCACGGGCAGAUUGUCACCCUGGUCAAUCCAAUAAUAGGAAAUGGUGGCGUCCCUGACACAGCUGCUUUAGAUGAACUUGGCCUCCACAGGUAUUUGGAGUCUGAUGGCAUCAAGGUUUCAGGCCUGCUGGUCCUGGACUACACCAAUGAAUACAGUCACUGGCGGGCAGUCAAGACUUUGGGUGAAUGGCUGAAGGAAGAAAAGAUUCCAGCUCUUUAUGGGAUUGACACCAGGAUGCUUUCUAAAAUCAUUCGAGACAAGGGAACUAUUCUUGGAAAGAUUGAAUUUGAGGGUCAGCCUGUGGAAUUUUUUGAUCCGAACAAGAAAAACUUAAUUGCUGAAGUAUCAACAAAGGAGGUCAGAAUAUAUGGCAAAGGAAAUCCAAUCAAAGUAGUAGCUGUGGAUUGUGGAUUGAAGCACAAUGCUAUUCGUUUAUUAGUAAAGAGAGGUGCUGAAGUAUAUUUAGUGCCUUGGAAUCAUGAUUUUACCUCAAUGGAUUAUGAUGGACUUUUCAUUUCUGGAGGCCCUGGUGAUCCAACCCAAGCACAGGAACUAAUUGAAAAUGUCAGGAAGGUUCUUAAAAAUGAUCGCCAGGAGCCUUUGCUUGGAACUAGUAUGGGGAGUCUCAUUACUGGUUUAGCAGCUGGGGCAACCUCCUACAAAAUGGCCAUGGCAAACAGAGGACAGAAUCAGCCAGUUGUGAACAUGUUGAAUGGACAAGCUUUCAUUACUGCUCAGAAUCAUGGAUAUGCAAUUGAUGGGAACUCCCUCCCUUCAGGCUGGAAGCCUCUGUUUGUGAAUGCAAACGAUCAAACCAACGAGGGAAUUAUGCAUGAGAACAAGCCAAUUUUCACAGUGCAGUUCUAUCCAGAAGGCAAUCCAGGGCCAACCGACACUGAGUUCAUAUUUGAUUCAUUUAUCUCGCUGAUCAAGAAGGGAAAAGGUACAAGCAUUCCUUCAGUGCUGCCCAAGGCCACAGCUGCCACUUCAAGAGUUGAGGUUUCCAAAGUUCUCAUCCUAGGAUCUGGUGGUUUGUCUAUUGGUCAAGCAGGAGAAUUUGAUUAUUCUGGCUCCCAGGCUGUGAAAGCCAUGAAGGAAGAAAAUGUGAAAACAGUUCUGAUGAACCCCAACAUUGCCUCAGUUCAGACGAAUGAAGUUGGCUUAAAGCAGGCUGACACUGUUUAUUUCCUUCCAAUCACCCCACAUUUUGUUACAGAAGUCAUCAAAGCAGAACGACCAGAUGGAUUAAUUCUUGGUAUGGGUGGACAAACUGCUUUGAACUGUGGAGUGGAACUGUUUAAACGUGGCAUUCUGCAAGAAUAUGGAGUGAAGGUCCUUGGAACAUCAGUUGAAUCUAUCAUGGCCACUGAGGACAGGCAGAUGUUUUCGGACAAACUGAAUGAAAUUAAUGAGAAGAUUGCUCCCAGCUAUGCUGUGGAAUCGAUAGAAGAUGCUUUGGAAGCAGCAGAAAAAAUUGGCUACCCUGUUAUGAUACGCUCAGCUUAUGCCUUGGGAGGACUAGGAUCAGGUUUAUGUAUUGACAAGGAACAUCUCCUGGAUCUUGCUACCAAGGCAUUUGCAAUGACCAAUCAAAUCCUUGUGGAGAAAUCAGUGGUAGGAUGGAAAGAAAUUGAGUAUGAAGUUGUGAGAGAUGCAGCUGACAAUUGUAUCACUGUCUGCAAUAUGGAAAAUGUUGAUGCAAUGGGAGUUCAUACGGGAGACUCUGUUGUAGUGGCUCCCAGCCAGACCCUUUCAAAUGAAGAGUUACAGAUGCUACGCAAAUCAACCAUCAAGGUUGUCCGCCACUUGAACAUUGUGGGGGAGUGUAAUAUCCAGUAUGCCUUAAAUCCCACCUCUCUAGAGUACUGCAUCAUUGAAGUCAAUGCUCGCCUUUCUAGAAGCUCUGCCUUAGCAUCGAAGGCCACAGGGUACCCUUUGGCAUUUAUAGCUGCCAAAAUAGCCCUUGGGAUCCCUUUACCAGAAAUUGAGAAUGUAGUAUCUGGAAAGACCACUGCCUGUUUUGAACCCAGCUUGGACUACAUAGUAACCAAGAUACCACGCUGGGACCUUGAUCGUUUUCAGGGUGCAUCCAACAAGAUUGGGAGCUCAAUGAAGAGUGUGGGUGAGGUUAUGGCUAUUGGGCGCACCUUUGAAGAGAGCUUUCAGAAGGCUUUAAGAAUGUGCCACCCAUCCAUUGAUGGCUUCACGUCAUGCUUGCCAAUGAAUAAAGACUGGCCUAGUAACGUGGAUCUCAGAAAAGAACUAUCUGAGGCCUCCAGCACGCGGGUGUACGCUGUGGCCAAGGCCUUGAAUGAAAACUUUCCUGUAGAUGAUAUCCAUAAACUUACAGACAUUGAUAAAUGGUUCAUCUUUAAAAUGCGUGAUAUUGUGAACAUGGAGAAGAACUUAAAAGCUCUUAAUAGCAACUUUAUUCCAGAAGAAAGCCUGAGGAGAGCCAAGCAGAUCGGCUUCUCAGAUAAGCAGAUUGGGAACUGUCUGGGACUGAGUGAAGCUCAGAGCAGGGAAAUAAGAAUCAAGAAGAACGUAACACCCUGGGUGAAACAGAUUGAUACCCUGGCAGGAGAAUACCCUGCUGUAACUAAUUACCUCUAUGUCACUUACAAUGGCCAGGAGCAUGAUGUAAAAUUUGAUGACCAUGGAAUGAUGGUGCUGGGCUGUGGACCAUAUCAUAUAGGAAGUAGUGUAGAGUUUGACUGGUGCGCUGUUUCUUGCAUCCGCACAUUGCGUCAGCUCUCCAAAAAGACAGUUGUGGUGAACUGCAACCCAGAGACAGUGAGCACUGAUUUUGAUGAAUGUGACAGGCUUUACUUUGAGGAACUAUCACUUGAGAGAAUCUUGGACAUCUACCAACAGGAGGCAUGUGACGGCUGCAUCAUCUCUGUAGGAGGGCAGAUCCCAAAUAACCUAGCUGUACCACUUUACAGAAAUGGAGUUAAAAUUAUGGGUACCAAUCCACUGCAGAUUGACCGUGCAGAAGAUAGAUCUAUAUUCUCAGCUGUUCUUGAUGAGUUGCAGGUGGCCCAGGCACCCUGGAAAGCAGUCAGUUCCUUGGAAGACGCUGUGGAAUUUGCAAACUCCGUUGGCUACCCAUGCUUGCUGAGACCUUCUUAUGUUUUGAGUGGUUCGGCAAUGAAUGUAGUACAUACAGAGAAAGAAAUGAAGAAAUUCUUAGCAGAGGCAACCCGAGUUUCACAGGAACACCCUGUUGUCCUAACAAAAUUCAUUGAAGGAGCUCGAGAGGUGGAAAUGGAUGCAGUUGCAAAGAAUGGAAAGGUUGUCUGCCAUGCCAUCUCUGAGCACGUUGAAGAUGCAGGAGUUCAUUCUGGAGAUGCUACUUUGAUGUUUCCUGCACAAACGAUUAGCCAAGGAGCCUUAGAGAAGGUGAAAAUUGCAACCAGAAAGAUUGCUGAUGCCUUUGCUAUCUCUGGACCAUUCAACGUCCAGUUUCUCAUCAGGGGAAAUGAUGUGCUGGUGAUAGAGUGUAACUUGCGAGCAUCACGGUCUAUCCCAUUUGUAUCCAAGUCCCUUGGCCUGGAUUUCAUUGAUGUGGCCACUAAAGUAAUGACUGGGGAACAAAUCCUUGAGUCCACCCUUCCUGCACUGACAAACCCCAUGAUUCCAUCAAAUUAUGUGGGCAUUAAGGCUCCAAUGUUCUCCUGGCCCCGCCUGAGAGAUGUUGACCCUGUUCUACGAUGUGAAAUGGCAUCCACUGGGGAGGUGGCUAGCUUUGGAGGAAACCUUCACUCGGCCUUCCUGAAAGCAAUGCUCUCUACAGGAUUUAAGUUACCACAAAAGGGAAUUCUGCUUGGAAUCCAGCGUUCCUUCCGCCCAAAAUUUCUUUAUGAAGCAGAACAGCUGCAUAAUCAAGGUUUUAAGCUUUAUGCUACGCCAGCAACUUCAAAGUGGCUCAACAGUAAUGGCAUACCUGUGUCUCCAGUCGCAUGGCCAUCGCAGGAGAACUCAGACCCCGCGCUUCCCCCAGUCAGACAGCUCAUAAAGGAUGGGAGCAUAGACUUGGUAAUUAACCUUCCCACCAACAACACAAAGUUUGUGCGUGACAAUUACCUAAUCCGUAGGACAGCUGUUGACAGUGGAAUCUCUCUCCUCACUAAUUUACAGGUAGCAAAACUCUUCACUGAAGCUCUCCAGUAUUCUGGAAAACUGGACUGUAAAAGCCUCUUCCACUAUAGAUGGUUGAAUACCAGCACUGCAGCAUAGAAGAAAACUUCCUGGCAAUGAAGAAAUUCCAUUCCUUAAUGAGAUUUUUUUUUUUUUAUU